AUGCCACUUCUGUACUCAUUCGAUAUGAAGCAGUGCUUUGCUAAAAUGUGUUCAGCAGAAAAGCUAGUAAAACAGAAAAUUGCCAAGUCUUUACAGCCUACAAGAAGAUUUGGAGGACUGGUUCUUUCCCCAAAAGGAACAAAAACCGUUUCACCACCAGACAGAAAAUACAUUGACAAGUACGGGUUGGCAGUGGUAGAUUGCUCUUGGAAUAAAGUAGAUCAAGUUGAUUUCACCACACUGCCUGUGAUGAGAAACAGAUUACUCCCGUAUCUUGUUGCUGCUAAUACUGUUAAUUACGGAAGGCCGUGCAAGUUAAAUUGCGUUGAGGCAUUCAGUGCUGCUCUGUACAUAUGCGGAUACAAAGAAGAUGCAGAGAAAAUACUUGAACCAUUCCCAUACGGCAUGGAAUUCCUUAAAAUUAACAAAGAACUCCUUGAAUCAUACUCUCAGUGCGAAACCGCAGAGGAUGUAAUUGCAGUACAAAAUAAGUACACUUCUAUUGGAAAAAAUAAAGAAUGA